UCAGAUAUCUCAAGCUGGCUACUUUUCAACCCAUCCAACAUCCAAGAUGUCUUCUAAUCCCCCAUCCCAAAGCAACCUCUCCAUCAUCGCCACCCUCCUAAAAGCCACCCCACCCCCCAAAAUCGUCGCCCUUGUCGGCGCUGGCAUCUCAACAGCAGCCAACGUCCCCGACUUCCGCUCCGCACAAACAGGCCUCUACGCCAAACUCGCCCCGCUCAAACUCCCCUACCCCGAAGCAAUCUUCGACAUCAACUUCUUCAAACACACCCCCGAGCCAUUCUACGCGAUUGCCCGUGCCCGCAAACCCCGCAAUCUGCGUCCGACGCUCACGCAUGCGUUCCUUGCCCUUCUAGCGAAGAAGGGCCUGCUUCAUUUCAUAUUUACGCAGAAUAUCGAUGGAUUGGAAGAAGACGCUGGUGUUCCGGCGAGCCAUGUCUUGCCUGCGCAUGGGAAUUGGAAGUCGCAGCGGUGUUAUCGGUGUAAGAGGGGGUAUCCGGAUGAGUUGAUGGAGAAGGCGAUUGAGACGGGUGAGGUACCGUAUUGUCUUAAUGAGGGGUGUGUGGGGGUGGUUAAGCCGGAUGUGGUGUUUUUUGGGCAGGAUUUGCCUAGAGAGUUUGAGGAGAAGGAGAGAACGAAGUUGGCUGAGGCGGAUGUUAUGCUUGUGCUUGGGACUUCUUUGAAGGUUGCGCCUUGUUCAAGGUUACCGAGGGGUGUGAGGGAGGGUGUGCCGAGGGUUUUGAUUAAUCUGGAGCCUGUCGGGGAUGUUGGAAAUAGAGAUGGGGACGUCGUUGCUUUGGGACAGUGUGAUGAAGUGAUUAGGACGUUGAGUGAGGAGCUGGGGUGGGCAGAGGAGUUGGAUGGUUUGUGGAAAGAAGCUGUUACAGCUAAGGCGCACUGUGAAAAUGAUCAGGGAGAGCAGUCAAGCUUGGAUGAGUUGAUUGCAAGGUGUGCUGAGAAGAUCGGGCCAAAGCCUGUGACUGAUGGUCAUCGGCGGAUGCUAGAGGAGCAUCUUGGUGCUAAGUUUGCGGGAAUCUUACCUGGUAAGGUUUGAGAUGGAAGUGGACAAGCGAAAGUCCCAUCUGAAUAUUUCUGACAUUGCAUAUCUCUAUACACUCGAUGCAAGAGCCAGGAAUAUGUUAUCCCCAACACACGUGAUAUUCCACGCCCUAG